AUAACGCACUAGGAAGGAAGCCUCCGUUGAAUUUGACUAUUGAUUCUCUUCAGUCUUCUCUCUCUUCUCUGCGAGGAACGGUGAGAAAUGACGAUCGGAAUAAUGGAGGUGACUUUAGUUGGCGCUCGAGGUCUCAAAGACACUGAAUUUUUUGGCGGAAUUGAUCCAUAUGUUUUGAUUCAGUACAAAGGCCAAGAGCGCAAAAGUAGCAUUGCUCGAGGGCAAGGUAGCAACCCAGCGUGGAAUGAGAAGUUCACCUUCAGAGCAGAGUAUCCAGGCGGUGAUGACCAGUACAAGCUCAUUCUCAAGAUAAUGGACCACGAUACUUUUUCGUCUGAUGACUACCUCGGCCAGUCCACCAUCUACCUGAAAGAGCUUCUAGAACUGGGUGUGGAGAAUGGAAAAGCUGAAAUACAUCCUCAAAAGUAUAGCAUUGUUGCCAGUGACCAAACAUUCAGUGGAGAAAUUCAAGUUGGGAUUACUUUUACUCCAAAGGAGGACGCUAAUGCCGAAGAAGAAUUUGGUGGAUGGAAGGAAAGCGACUACUAGUUUCUCUGACAGAUGAGCGUGCUCAAUAUGUAAUAUGCGAUUCUUGUAAUAUAGUCCGGAAUGAAUCUUCAGCUGCACCAGAAGUUCUUUUCAUCUCGCUUAAGUUGCGAUAUUAGGAUUAAAAUGUCGUUCAAAGUUGCAUCUGUAACAUUUCGUGUUAGAAAGAACGCCUUGUUUAGUAUGCGUGUUUUGUUGAGUUCACAAACUGAUCUUUUGACUUUUGAGUGGCCUCCAAGUUUGCUGAGCAAUUACUGGUA